GCUUUUGUCCGGUUAAAAUAGUUAAAGUUCAUCGGUUUUCAUUUCGGAAGAUUAUGCAAAAUGUGCUGAUGUGCUGCUCAGGAAUUAACGGUUAGUGGACAAUUUACAAUCGAUUCCCAGCAGUGAAAGAUGGAAGUGGUUAUGCAUUCGGAAAUCGCUCGGGGAGUUCUCGCCUACUUGUAUGACCAGAACCUUAGCCGAGUGGCGGACAAGUUUUGUCUCUCUAGCCCGCAUCUGAAAGAGGAACGAAAGUUACUGAAGCGAGGUUUACGGUCGUCAAUGUGCACCAUCCUGAAGCUGACGGAUUUGUUUCGCGAAUAUAGCGAAAUUCAAAUCAAACUGAAAAAUUUUGUGGAUCGAUUCGGCAAUGAGACCAGCAUACAGAGUGAUUGGACUUCGACGCGAAAAAUCGACUUCUUGCUUGCUUUGGUGCAAAAACGGCUUGCAAGAACACACAACGAUGUUCCGGUAAAGGAAAAACCUAAGGGCAGCGGAGAGUUGCCGAAUGUUAACAGACGUAAACGGGCGAUGGUUUCACCGCCAAAAUCGAUGGCUAGCAGCAGCACACCAGAAUUGGGUGAACCGAAAGUGAAACGACGCUGUGUGAAUCGAUCGUUCAUACUGCUGAACGAAUCGGCGACCGAGGAGGGAAGAAACCUAAGCAAUUUGUCGCAUAUUUCGCCAAUCGGGCACGACAAUUCGAGUCACAGUUCGAUGGUGGAGGAAGAACCCGAGGACGGUGAGGGUGACGAAAAGCCGGAUGACGAGGAGGAAGCGGAUACUGAUGGAAACGAGGUGGAGAUGAGGAAGUUUCCUCCAAUAGAUUUAUUUUCUCAGACAGUGUUGGAGAAUGAAACUUACCCGGAGAAAAUUGCGGAUUUAAUUAACAAGGGUUUGGAAAUUUCAUUGAGUCAACAACCGGAUCCGAGAGAAGGAACCUCAACUGCCGUACCAGCAUCGACGGAAGAGGAUGCUAGCAAACAGCAGAAAGUAGACCAGGAUUCGUUGAAUUUUAAUUUUGACGAAUUGAUUUCGAAUAUUGUUAACAGUGCCGUAAAAGAUCCCGUUUUCGAUGAUAUUCUCGGUGAUAUUAGUUCCAAAGCAAAUCAGAACACCGAAAAUAGUCAGGAAAAUGAGGACGACGGGCAACCAAUCGAAGCAGUGUCUGAAACUCCAAUAAAAGCCAGACUCAGAAAAACUUGUAAGAAAAAUUACAACUUUUGUGCAUCUACGAAAAAAUCUGCUAAAAAGGUGAACGUCAUUUCGAAUGUUCCCUAUUCUGGGACUCUUCCACCAGCAGUUGUGAACGCCGUUCAGCCUCCAGCGAUUAAAACCGAAGUAAUUCAGCCAGCGGUUUCGUCAACAGAACCUGACGAGUCAACGGUUCCACCGAAUUCAACUACCCAGUUUUACGUUGUUCAACCGGACAACACGACCAAGGUGAUGGAUAUCAAUCAGCUACCGUUUCCGACACAACAACCUCUUACAGUUGCACCGCCCACGGCUGCAAUGACACUGCCUCAAACGACUCUACUGCCCAUUACUGGGACAGGUAUUCCGGAAAAUACCUACUAUUUGAGUUUCCCGACUUACAUUGACCCCGGUGCGCAAAUUUCGACGGUAUUUAACAGUUAUCAAGCAACAGUGCCCGGUGGUGUCGACCAGUUAGUUAGUAAUUCUGCAGUUUCUGUUGUGUCGGACACCUCGCCUAGUCCAGACAAAUUUCUCAUUUUCCAUUCGACAUCGGUUAGCACCGGCAGUACCAACACCGCAACGUUUACUACCAGUCAAGCAGCAACAACAGCACCAGCUUCUACUGUUCCGUCAAAAGCUACCGUCGAAAGCAUUUUUGCAUCAUUUGUGCCGAUUCGAACAAAUCCGGAAGUCAAGAACACACCCCAAAACGCUCCUUCUACCAAUCCGGAAAGUCGCAGUGCUUCGACUCCCAGUCGAAAGGCGUCCCAUAUUCGUAUUCUAAAUUUUCACACCCCUGCAAAACCGGCACAGCCGGCAGGUACGCCCGGUUCGGCUCCGGCCUCUGUAGACCAUCGAAUAACUUAUCCGCGCAUUGAUCCUAAGUUGGAACCGAUAGAAGAAACCGAAUCGCAGACUGAAGAUACCCUCAAUACUCCAAAUACCUCUCAAAUCACUCUAGCAGGUGAUUGGGAUUCGGUGCAUGGCAUCGGAGCGAUCACAUCCACUGGCGGAGCAAUACCCAGUGCCACAUCGGUUUCGAAUACACCUCGCGUAUCGAAAGAUCCUCGAAGUUGUGUUCGAGUUUUGUCGCGAUCAACGAGCGAGGAUGGCGAUAAACCAACGGCGAACAAUUUACCGCAAGCGCUCCCUCCAGCUACUGUUCCUCCGAUGGUCGAAAUCCCCGUCUCAGGGACUGUCGGCAGGAAGCACACGAUCGCAACAUCGAUGAGUGCAGUCGAUAUGGAUGAAUGGCGCCGUAUCCGUUCCGUUUCCAAAUUCAACUUCGACCAACAUCUGAGACAAGUCGAAGAGCAAAAACAGUUGCAGUCCAAGGAUUUGAAAGUGCCGAAAAAACAGCGCAAAAAAUCGAACAACUCCAGUAAGAAGAUGGCAAAGAAAGGUAAAGCAAAGAAAGCCGCUGCCCGAGCCAGUGACACCCCGCUUACUCGAAAAAAUUCUAACGAAUCAGCGGAAACGACCAUCGAAACCGAUCUGUCCCUCACGGAUGCACAUGGUCAGAUGCUGGAGGAUGCACUAGCUUCCGCGAAGAAGGCGAGCAAAACUCCGGCCAAAACACCGAGCGCCAAAGGAACACGAACGCCAGCAACAAAGGGCUCACCACCACCGGUGGCGUCCGAUGGGCACGAUACGGAGGAGCCAGAGGGGCGGCAAAAACCGAGCAAAAUAUACGUGAAAAUAACCUCGCCCAGGAAGCGGACACCGUCCAAGCGGAUGGAGGCGUUGCUUAAAAGUGCCAAAAGCAGCAAGUCGACACGAAGGAAACGCAUCAGUCCGAGGAAAAAGGCGACCAACAAGAAAGAUGUAAAACGAUGCGCCGAAGAAAAUGCCGACGAAGAACCGCAGACAGCAGCUAGUAAGGAAUUAGAAUCUGUACCUGAAGAUUUGUCUACAGCACAUGAGGUUGAAUCGCCCAAACCGGUUAAGGAUCACCCGAAGGUGUUGGCGAAAAAAUCCAGUGCCGAAUAUUUGCAGAAAGAACAAAACGAGCAGCAACAACAGCAAUCGUCGGACGCUGUGAACGCAGAAACUGCGGAAACUGUUCCACCACCGGAGGAAGAAACUGUUGAAGAGAAACCGUUUCAGCUGCCCGCUGACUUUACGCUCGGCUCUUCGCUUCUCAUGCAAACACCAUUCAAAACGGAUUUGGCCAAUUUUCCAAUCACUCCGCGGUUUUUGAUUCCGGAGCAGCUGCAGGAUACUCCGAUGACCAAAAUGAUGCGUGACAUGAAGGGACCGGAUGGGCAUGCAGCCGCGACGAACUCGUGUGAAAUUCAAACGCCAAACUUCCCAAUUACUCCAGGAUUGACCACCACCCCGCGAUCGGUCAAUUCAACUAGUCCACAAAGCAAUACCGGUUUUAAUUCCCGGCGAACGGAUUAUUCAUCCGGCAGUUCGUACUAUAAACCCGAUGAAUCGGAAGAUCUGGAUAAAAAGCUUGAAGCAAUGCUUCAUGGGGCUAGAAAAAGGCAAACCGCAAAGGAAGUUGUUAGCACUACCAACGUUGUUAGUGAGCCCGAAGCAACCGAGGUUGUGGCUACGAGUGAAAUCACCGAAACAGUGAAGGAAGUUAGCGCUGAGAUUGCACCAGCAGAUGAAAUCCAAAAAUCCAGCUCACCAUCUGAUCCGUCUGUGUCGUCGCAGUCAAAAGCGGACACGAUCCAGUCUUCCAGUUCAGACUCUAGCAGCAGUUCAGAUUCGUCGUCUGAUUCCAGCAGCGGCGAGAGUUCUCCCGAAAGCACUCCGUGUAAAAAAUCGCCCUCCUCCAGUAUAAGUCCAAAGAAAAAAAUCUCCCCUGGUCUUGCGAUGGCAGCAAGUACGACGACGGCUGAAGCUACGCGCCGGCGCCAGCAGCAGCAGCAGGCAGAACUGGAAGCCAAAAAGCAACGAACAAUCGCCCGCAUGAAAACCGCCGUCAUCACCCCGCUGAAAAAGAGCGAACGAAAGUUCACCGGUACGGUGCCUGGUUUUAGGGCACGAAAGGUAAUAGUCACGCGCAAGGAACAAAUACUGAACCGUAUUUCCGCCAAACUAAACAAACCAACUUCACCCGUCCAUAGGCCGCCUCUCGCUAUGAAAGCCCCCCAAGCUGUACCGUACCAAACGCGGUCAACGUCGGCCUCGGCGAAGCGCAAAAAUCCGACUCCUCGCAAGAUUAUCCAGCUAGACAAAGCAAUCAGUCCACCGAAGAAGCUCUCUCCAAGGCGAAAAGCGCGCCCACCGCAGCCACCAACUUCAAACGACGACCAGCCCAAAGUCGUCCCCAGUCCGAUGAAAACCGAUCAACUGAUUGAGGGAACGUACGAGAACGAGAAUCUUACCCGACUUUGCUACACACCGGAGCACGAGCCAGUGCCUACUGCCGAUUUAGAUCUACAAGCAAAUGGACAGCAGCAACUUGAGCCUUUCAGGAGUCCAGAAAAAAGUAAAAGUGAACAUUGCGAACAGCAGAUUACCCCGGAUUCCAACAAGGAAAACGACUCACUGGUAUGUGCUGCUAACCAGGCUGAGCCUGGGCUUGAACGAAGCGCGGAGCAGAGCGAUGACGAAGACGAAGAUGAAGAGGAGGAAGAGGACGAAUACGACAAGUGUUCGCUCAAGUCGUACAAUGAAGAUUUGUCCAGCGGUUGCUAUUUUACCUUCCUCUACGAUGAAAGGCAGCGGUGCUCCGCUGUGCCGUCUGUUCAUGGUGAUAAUCAAACUCGACUAAUUAAAAAAUUAAAUGUCUUCCUCGACAACCAAACAAUAUGCAUUGACGCUCGGGAGCCGGUAGAGCUCUUCGAACAGCAGCCCAGAAAAUCUGCCUCCGGCAGUCCGAAAAAAAUUAGCGCAUUCGGAGCCGCUAAGAAAGCCGGUUCUAAACCGGUUGAAGCUGUCCCUCCGUCGUCGACAACAACAACGACGAAAGUGUCCGAAUCUCAGCCAGUACAAAUACCGUCGACGCCAGUCAGAGCUAAAUUUAACGUAAUCCCUGCGGUGCGGUGCUUGAAACAACCCAGCACAAUGGGAAGCGCCGCACAGCACCUGGUUGCCAGAAGCAACAAAUCGGCCUGCACGGAAGCUAAGGUUUCUUCCAGCAGCAACAACAACAGCAGCAGCAGCAGAAGCUGCAAUGCGCCUGCAUCGACAGUAGAAAGGCGCGAGAGGGAUGCGGACGAGGUAACGGUGGUGCCAUGCGGAUCACCGUCGCCGAAAAUGCCCCUUAAACUGGACAUGAAAAUGCGCCAGCUAGCUCAACAGCAACACCAACCGCCACCACCUGUGACGGCCAGUUCACAGCUACCCCAAUCGCCUCCGUCUUCUCCGUCUGCAUUGGAAAGCUCGCCUCAGAAAGAGGCUAAGCCCCCGAAAGUGAUUCCCGAGUACGACAUUGCUGAGGUGCUUACUCAUAUCCAUGGAUAAACGUGAAGCAGCAGUUCCUCCCUCCACCACAUCCCGGUGGGCGGAUUUGUAAAUAUUAGGUGAGGCAUUUUCGUUUUUAAGUUCUAGCUUUUAGCCCCGGUACAAACGUGAUGCGCGGUGAGAGAUGAUGAUUCGAAAGAUUAACGCAAUAGUAUUUGACAAAAUGUACUUGUACUCUAGGUAUAAACUAGCAUUGAUCGUUAAACCAAUCAUUGCGCUAUCA